AUGGUCGGCCGGCUGGUGUGCGGCCUGGCGUCGGCCGGCGUGACGACCAUCGCGCCGCUGUACGCCGAGGAGGUGGCGGCGCUGGAGGUGCGCGGCGCGCUGGGCACUCUUCUCGACCUCAUGCUGGCCGCCGGCCUGCUGGUGGUGUACGGGCUGGGCAUCGUGCUGCCCGUGCGCUGGCUCACCGCCGCCAUGGCCGCCCUGCCGCUCUGCUUCUGCGUCGCCUUCUUCACGAUGCCGGAGUCCCCGGAGUACCUGCGCCGCCGGGGCAAGCACGACGAGGCCCAGCGGGCGGCCGCCUGGCUGCGGCUGGACCACGGCUCUGCAGAGCUGGUGCCCGUGCUGACCGAGACGCAGCAGCUGAAGCAGCAGCAGCGCCACCGGGAGGGGCAGGGUCAGCGCUGGGAGCAGGCGCAGCGCAGCGUCCAGGCGCUUUCCCAGAAGAAGCCCACGGCGCGCGCCUGCAUCUUGGUCUUCUCGCUCAUGGCCUUCCAGCAGCUCAGUGGCAUAGACGCCAUACUCUUCUACACCGUCGACAUAUUCCAGGAAGCAGGGACGUCCAUCUCCCCGCAGCUGUCGAUGGUGAUAACGGGUGCCAUCCAGUUCGUGGCGACCGGAUUCUCUUCGGUGCUGGUGGAGAACGCGGGUCGUCGCCCGCUGAUGAUCAGCUCCGGGCUGCUGAUGACGUUCUCGCACUUGACGCUGGCGGUGCACCAGGGUUGGCCGUGGCUGCAGCUCGCGGCCGGCUGGCUGCCACUCGUGGCCAUCAACCUCUUCCUCAUCGGCUUCGCCGUGGGGCUGGGCCCGCUGUCGUGGCUGCUGAUCGCCGAGCUGCUGCCGCCCGGAGACAAGCGCUGGGCCGUCGGCGCCGCCACGUCCGUCAGCUGGCUCGCCUGCGCCCUCAUGACCGGCUUCUUCGACGAGUUCGUCCGCCUCUUCGGCACGUCGGCCGCCUACUGGGUGCUGGGCUGCAUCUGCGCCGCCUACACAGUCUUCGUCACGGCGCUGCUCCCGGAGACGCGCGGCCUCACGGGCCACCAGAUACAGUGCCACCUGUCGAGGCAGGGCGGCACCUCCUGCUGCAUAAGUUCCGGCAGCUGCGACAACGUGCAGGAGACCGACCAAACGUCAGGACAUGUCUAGCAGCGAGUGGCUUUCUCUCCCAGCAAGACUGAAAAGAGACUGCGCUGUUGUCCUCAUUAGAACUGUUUGGAAAGCAAAAGAACACUUCUGCCGCAGUUGAUACAGUAGUCAAUGAAUCAUCAAACACACACACACUCUCUCUCUCUGUCUAUACGCACACACACACACACACACACACACACACACACACACACACACACACACAAUCUCCCAUCAGUCACUUGCGAGGUAAAAUAAUAGACUGAAAUUGUUGUUGACUUUCCCCUUCACAAAGGCUACAGGCAACUUACUAUGGUACUAUCUAUUUUGGGUCGACAAUCUUUUCACUCGUUUGACGCUGUUUACCACGACUUCUUCUUCUCUGCUUAUCUCUUCAUCGGAAACUAGUACUUGCACUCAACACCCUCAAUUAUUUGUUGAGUGUAUUCCGAUCUCCUCCCCUACUCCCCUCUGCAGCUCCAUCUAUUUCUUGAUGUAUUGAUACAUGUCCUAUCAUCUUGUCGCUUUUUCUUGUAUGUGUUCUCUAUGUGUUCCUUUCUUCUUUGAUUCUGCGAACCAUGUUCUUACGUUAUCAGUCCAACUAAUGUCCGCCCCCGGUAGCUGAGUGGUAACUGAGUGGAAGGAUCAACAAUCGGACUUUAACGAAUGUCACGUGACGUCCGC